GGCUCAGCCAAGCCGAGGUGAAACCUGAACCCAGGUUGGGGGCGGGGCUGGCUCCUGCUCGGACGGGGCCGCCCUGUGCCUCCAACCCCCUAUCCCUGCGCCCCGGCCGGCUUCUGGAGGAGGAAGGUCGCGAUCCCCGAGCCGCUGGAGCAGAACCCGCGAUGGAGCCCGCAGCCCGGGGUCGCGCUCCGCCCUGAGUGCCCCCGCCGGCGGCCAUGCUGCCCCGAGGGCGCCCCCGGGCGCUCGGGGCCGCCGCGCUGCUGCUGCUGCUGCUGCUGCUCGGAUUCUUCCAGUUCGGCGGGGACCUGGAGUGUGAGCGCCGGGCGGGCAGGCGAGCGGGGGGGCCCGGAUCCCGCCCCUGCGCGCUGACGCCACGUGUCCCCCCAGACGGGCGGCCGCGGGGGGCUGCUGCCCUCGACGGAGCCCCGCCGGCGGACCCCGGGGGCCACAACCGCUCGGACUGCGUCCAGCCGCGCCCGCUGGCGCCCAAGUGUGAGCUCUUGCACGUGGCCAUCGUAUGUGCGGGACAUAACUCCAGCCGAGACGUCGUCACCCUGGUGAAGUCUAUCCUCUUCUACAGGAAAAACCCGCUGCACCUCCACUUGGUGACUGAUGCGGUGGCCAGGAGCAUCCUGGAGAUGCUCUUCCACACAUGGAUGGUGCCCGCUGUCCGGGUCAGCUUCUACGACGCUGAUGAGCUCAAGCCCCAGGUCUCCUGGAUCCCCAACAAGCACUACUCUGGCCUAUACGGGCUCAUGAAGCUAGUGCUGCCUGGCACCCUGCCCCUUGACCUGGCCCGUGUCAUUGUGCUGGACACAGAUGUCACCUUCGCCUCUGACAUCGCAGAGCUCUGGGCACUGUUUGCUCACUUUUCUGACGAGCAGGUGAUUGGUCUCGUGGAGAACCAGAGCGACUGGUACCUGGGCAACCUCUGGAGGAACCACAGGCCCUGGCCUGCCUUGGGCCGGGGCUUCAACACAGGCGUGAUCCUCCUGCGGCUGGACCGGCUUCGGCAGGUGGGCUGGGAGCAGAUGUGGAGGCUGACGGCUACGCGGGAGCUCCUCACCCUGCCCGCCACCUCGCUGGCUGACCAGGACAUCUUCAAUGCCGUCAUCAAGGAGCACCCGGGGCUGGUGCGGCCCCUGCCCUGCGUCUGGAAUGUGCAGCUGUCGGACCACACGCUGGCUGAGGGCUGCUACUCGGAGGCGUCUGACCUCAAGGUGAUCCACUGGAACUCACCAAAGAAGCUGCGCGUGAAGAACAAGCACGUGGGGUUCUUCCGCAACCUCUACCUGACCUUCCUGGAGUACGACGGGAACCUGCUGCGGAGGGAGCUCUUUGGGUGCCCCAGCCUGCCCCACCCCGGGGCGGAGCAGUGGCAGCGGGCCCUGGCACAGCUCGACGGUGAGGAUGCCUGCUCUGAGUUCCGGCAGCAGCAGCUCACCGUGCACCGUGUGCACGUCACCUUUCUGCCCCACGAGCUGCCGCCCCCGCGGCCCCUCGACGUCACCCUGGUGGCCCAGCUUUCCAUGGACCGGCUGCAGAUGCUGGAAGCCCUGUGCCGGCACUGGCCGGGCCCCAUGAGCCUGGCCUUGUACCUCACAGACGCAGAGGCCCAGCAGUUCCUGCGUUUCGUCGAGGCCUCGGCGGUGCUCUCUGCCCGGCAGGAUGUGGCCUACCACGUGGUGUACCGGGAGGGUCCCCUGUACCCCAUCAACCAGCUUCGCAACGUGGCCUUGGCCCAGGCCCUCACGCCUUACGUCUUCCUCAGUGACAUUGACUUCCUGCCCGCCUACUCCCUCUACGACUACCUCAGGGCCUCCAUUGAGCAGCUGGAGCUGGGCGGCAGGAGGAAGGCAGCUCUGGUGGUGCCGGCCUUCGAGACCCUGCACUACCGCUUCAGCUUCCCCAGGUCCAAGGCCGAAGUGCUGGCCUCGCUGGACGCUGGUGCUCUCUACACCUUCAGGUACCACGAGUGGCCCCGCGGUCACGCGCCCACGGACUAUGCCCGCUGGCGGGAGGCUCAGGCCCCGUACCGGGUGCAGUGGGCCGCCGACUACGAGCCCUACGUGGUGGUGCCGAGAGACUGUCCCCGCUACGACCCCCGCUUUGUGGGCUUUGGCUGGAACAAGGUGGCCCACAUCGUGGAGCUGGAUGCACAGGAAUACGAGCUCCUGGUGCUGCCUGAGGCCUUCACCAUCCACCUGCCGCAUGCCCCGAGCCUUGACCUGUCCCGCUUCCGCUCCAGCCCCACCUACCGGGACUGCCUCCAGGCCCUCAAGGACGAGUUCCACCAGGACUUGUCCCGCCACUACGGGGCCGCUGCUCUAAAAUACCUCACAGCCCUGCAGCAGCCCCGAAGCCCGGGCGCCUGACCCGCCAUGGCUCCCACGCACUCCCUGCAGACACUGGAGCGACCCCGCUGCCCCUCCCCGCUGUUUAAGUUAUUCAAGGUCCCAGCGGGAAGGGCUGGGGCGGGGCGUCCGGGGCGGGUCCUGGGGCCUCCCCUUGCUGCUGUCUCUGGUGGGAUCUAGUCUCCCUCCGCCCCAGCUGGUUUGGGGCUGGCUCCCCAUCCUCGGCUGUACCUCCCUUUUUCGUAAAGUUUUCAAAGCUCCUUUCCACGUUCCUCCUGGUUCGCGGCCGGGGGACGUGCCCGGUCUCGCUGGAGCCGCAGGAGGACCGGGCCCUCCCCGGAGGCCAUCUGGAGUGUGCCUCGCCCACCCUGCCCCCCACCCCGAGCCCGACACCACGAGGCUGAGAGACUUUAUUUGGCUUUAUUUAGUAAAAUGUUAAAAUAAAUAAAUACAAAUUGA